AUGCUCUAUAAAAUAAUUAUUUUUAUUAUUUUUUAUUCAAUUAUUGAAUAUUUGUCUGCAGAUGAAGCAAAAUGUUUAAAAUGUAUUUGUAAUCACGAAUCUGGAUGUAAACCUCUAAAAUGUCAUUGGGAUGUUAAUAGCGAUAGUUGUGGUUACUUUCAGAUAAAAUUGCCAUAUUACAAAGACUGUGGAGCACCGAUGCGUAAAAGUGGAGAAUCUAUUGAUAGUGCCUGGAAAAGAUGUUCCGUUGAUUACCAGUGCUCAUUAAAGUGCGUCCAGGUAAAGACUAGUUUUUUCACAAUUUUUCAUCUGUUAAUGCAUAAUCUUUAG